CCAGAAGCAGUAACUGCACGUAGCCUGAGCUGAAUCCAGCAGUUUGUAUGAGAGAGUAAAAGAAGAUUUGUGUGUGAUCGCCAUUGUGCUGUACCACAGUGAAGAGAGAUUUUUCACUUCAAGACACCUUGCAUUAAAGGAUCAUGGUAGACAGUUUAAUAGUUUCUUUGAGACUUCUCAGUUCCCUAGCAGUGCUGGGAUUUCAGUUUGUCAUCCCACAGCCUUCAAUUGAACACAGAAAGGUUCCCCAGAGGAUAGAAGAGCAAAGAGAUGCAUCUGAGGAUAGCAGUGCAGGAAUCCCAGGCAUGUGGGGAAGUUGGGGCCCCUGGUCUGCCUGCUCUCGGAGCUGCAGUGGCGGUGUGAUGGAGCAAACGCGGCCCUGCCUCCCAGCCUAUUACCGUGAAAGGGGCUACCGAAGGCCAGGGCGGCAGUACCCGGCCUCAGAGAGAACUCUUGCUCAUCAGAAUUCCCGCCAUCACGAGGACUCGCUGACUGCUUAUCCUGGCCAUGUAAUUUCUGCCAUCCGUACAUCUGUGCCGCUUCACAGGAAUGAAGAGCAGCUUUGGGCUGGCCUUCGGGCCUCUGCUUCUUCCGGAGGCCGUAAUAACAGCCAUCUGAGCAGAGGAGCAUUGAGAGGCAGCAGGCAUUCUCAGUCCCAGAGGCAGCACACUAAGCCAGAAAAGAGAAGCAGAAACAGAAAUCCUAUUGGUCCAGGAAAGUAUGGAUACGGAAAAGUGCCAUACAUUUUACCUUUACAAACUGAUACUGGUCAGCAGCCUCAGAAGCUUCGGAGGCAGCGACAGUCAUCAAGGAACCACGUAUUUCAUCAGAGUCCAAGUCUCAUGAACACUUACAGCCAGGCAGCUAGUCCUUCACUUCAACAUGGGAAUUUUUAUCAAGAAGAAAGUGGGCCUCAGGCUGGACAUCAAGUCCUGGGACCCUCAGUUUAUCAGUCAUCUUCAUUUCCUGUAUCUCAAAGCCUGUUUCACAGCAGCGACUCAAACCAUCAUGGGUCUGCAUCACAUCAGGCAGUCCAGGGUCAGCCCCAGCCUCAAAGGGCUGCAGCAAUUGUGUGCAUUGGCACCUACAAGCAAUAUAAACUCUGCAACACAAACAUGUGUCCUGAAAGCAGCAGAAAUAUUAGAGAGGUCCAAUGUGCAUCAUACAAUAACAAGCCAUUUAUGGGUCGAUUUUAUGAAUGGGAACCUUUUGCAGAAGUGAAGGGCAGUCAGAAGUGUGAGCUGAAUUGCCGUGCGAUAGGCUACCGAUUCUAUGUGAGACAAGCUGAAAAGGUGAUAGAUGGGACACCCUGUGACCAAAACGGAACUUCAAUCUGUGUGGCAGGGCAGUGCAAGAGCAUUGGCUGUGAUGACUAUCUGGGUUCAGACAAGGUGAUUGACAAGUGUGGAAUAUGUGGAGGGGACAACACUGCUUGCAAGGUUGUGUCUGGAGUUUUCAAACACACGCUAACAAAUCUUGGCUACCACAAGAUAGUGGAAAUUCCUGAAGGAGCUACUAAAAUCAACAUUACUGAGAUGUCAAAGAGCAACAACUAUUUGGCGUUGCGGAGUCGAUCAGGACGGUCCAUCAUCAAUGGAAACUGGGCAAUUGAUCGACCUGGGAGAUACGAAGGUGGUGGGACAAUGUUCACUUAUAAACGCCCAAAUGAAAUCUCCAGCACUGCAGGAGAGUCGUUUUUAGCUGAUGGUCCAACAAAUGAAGUCCUUGAUGUCUAUAUGAUACAUCAGCAGCCUAACCCAGGUAUACAUUAUGAGUAUAUCAUUCCAGGAGACAAUGUCAUUAGCCCUCAGUUGCUUGCUCACAGGAGGCCAGGGGAGCCCUUGAAUGGUCAGUUAGGAAUGCCAGAAAGUACAAAUCAAGAGGAUGAGGAUUUGCAUAGGGAGACAGACACUCUCACUGGACAGUCAGCUGGAACUUUUCCAGUUAUUCAGCCAGGAAGAUUUCCUUCUCAUCAGCCAGAAAACCAGGUGCCUGCUGUGCAACCACCAAGACAAAACCGAGAACACAACUGGAAACAGAUUGGAAAAACUGAGUGCACUACUACAUGCGGGAAAGGGUCACAGUACCCAGUUUUCCACUGCGUCAACAGAAUCACUCACGAGGAGGUAUCUGAGAGUUACUGUGACAGCAGCACCAAACCCAUUCCAGAAGAGGAGGCCUGCAACCUCUUCCCGUGUCCAGCUUUCUGGGAUAUAGGGGAGUGGUCUGAGUGCAGCAAAACAUGUGGCCUUGGUAUGCAGCAUCGACAGAUCUUAUGCCGGCAAAUGUAUGCCAAUCGUACCUUGACAGUUCAGCAAUACCGCUGUCAUCACCUGGAGAAACCAGAGACAACCAGCACUUGCCAGCUGAAGAUCUGCAGUGAAUGGCAGAUUAGGACAGAGUGGACCUCAUGUUCAGUGCCUUGUGGAGUGGGGCAGAGGACCCGAGAUGUGAAAUGUGUCAGCAACCUUGGAGACAUUGUUGAUGAUGAGGAAUGUAACAUGAAGCUGCGGCCAAAUGAUAUUGAGAACUGCGACAUGGGUCCCUGUGCUAAGAGCUGGUUCCUUACAGAGUGGAGUGACAGGUGUUCUGCAGAAUGUGGUGACGGAGUCCGUACACGUUCAGUAGUUUGUAUGACGAACCACGUCAGCAGUUUGCCUCUGGAAGGCUGUGGCAAUAACAGACCCUCUGAAACAACUCCCUGUAAUAAUGGACCCUGUGCUGGUAAAGUGGAGUGGUUUGCUGGGGGCUGGACACAGUGCUCUACUGAAUGUGGCAGUGGAACUCAACAGAGAGAAGUCAUUUGUGUUAGGAAAACUGAAGGUAAUUUUGAUGUUUUGAACCCCUAUGAGUGUUCGUAUUUGGAAAAACCUCCCAGCCAGCAGUCCUGCUACCUCAAACCCUGUGGAUCUAAAUGGUUUCAUACAGAAUGGAGCACAUGUUCCAAAUCCUGUGAAGGAGGAUUUCGGGUUCGAGAGGUACGAUGUCUAUCAGAUGACAUGACAGCCAGUACUCAGUGUGAGCCACAGCUUAAACCUGAAGAAAAAGAACCAUGUAACACGCAAGAUUGUAUUCCUGAAAUAGAUGAGAACUGCAAAGAUAAAUACUACAAUUGCAAUGUGGUGGUUCAGGCCCGGCUCUGUGUCUACACCUAUUACAAAACAGCCUGUUGUGCAUCCUGUACACGUGUGGCAAACAGACAGUCAGGGUUUCUAGGACGCAGAUAACAAAUACUCUUCUACUCAAAGUGGCAAUGUCAGUCUUCAGAUGGAGCUUGAACAGCGUUACUGUUUUCACUACAGCAGGUUUUAGCUUCUUAGAGAUGGUUUUUUAUAUUGCUGAGUACAUCAAGACUAUGGUUAAAUCUCACACCCUUUCAGUUACAGUUAUUGUGCAGUUAUCUUUUUUAAUGUUUGUUGUAAAACCAUGAUCUUUUUAAAGCAUUAAUUUUUAAUGAUACUAUUCUUUGCACCUGCUCAUCAGAUAUAAUUAUUUAAAGAACAUACCAGCCUUAGUAUUGUGAAAUUAAUGAAAACUAAAUCAAUCACAGGCAAUUACUGGAGAUAUUUGACCAGUAUGGAUGCAGCUGCCGCAUUAUUUUCUGAGUGCUUACUCUUACUUCGUAUUUUGGACUGCCUUAAAUUAGACGACUAAAUCAAUGAAACAUGCACAUAAGAAAAAUUACUUCACAAAGAACCAGACCCUUGAAGAUCCAUUUAUCAUCAGUUUCUUAGCACGCUAACAUAUAUUUUAAACUACUUCGGUCCAUUCAUAAUAAAUUAGAGUCACUGUUACGCUCUCUCAGUUGUAUUUUUAACUAACUUCCUGUCCUCAGGCAGCAAAUAUAUAUACACUUGACUGCCAGAAAGUGCCUUUAUAUUUAAUUCAUAAACUCUUGAAGUUACACUUUUCUAAUUUUGUAUGGAUUUUAAAAUACAUUACCUACCAGAGUGCCACUAGUGUCUAGCCCUUUAAGUCUUUAACAACUGCAGCUGUCAGUGAGACAGAUUUACCGGAAAGGUGAAGAGCCUUUGCUGGUAUAAAAAAAGUGAUUGUUUCUGUUGGCAAGGUCUCCUUCCUGUAGGGCAGUUAUUUCAGUGAACUGGUAUCUUGCCUAAUGUCUUGCCUCUGCACUAUUGCUUAACAACUACCAUACCAAAGUACUUUGUCCAGACCUAGUCUGGAUAUGUCACCCGUUUCUGAAACAACCACCAAAGGAUGCAGGCCUCUCCGCUUUAUAGUAGUCUGCUACUCCUGGUACCAGGCAGCAGUAUGAGUGUAGUAGCUGAGUAUCUGUAAAAAAGAGAUCUUAGCUGUUGAUAUUCUUCAGGUUUUGAUCAGUUAUUACAACAUACUUGUCUUUUUUUAGUCAAUGUUUCAUCCUGCAGAUCUAUUCAUAUCACUCCUUUUCUACGACUCAAGAAUGGCUCCAGACUUAGAGCUGAAUUUAGGUGGUGAUUUUUCAUUUCUGCAAUUACUGUACUCAGCCUUGGGACUUGCUAAAAGCAAAUAGAAUGUGCUAUGCAGUGCAGAUGAAAGUUUUUGCAUUGUAUGUACAUUCUCUAGCCUUUACCUGAGAGGUCUUUCAAAUCUGUAAAUAAGGCUGAGGGAAAAAAUAAACACCUCUGCUUAUUCAGCUGUUUAUUACAGCAUAUUGCUUGUAAAUUAGUGAUACCCAACUAUGCAUCUAUUUCUAAGGUGCCUGUUGUCUGAGUUGAAAAACAGUUUUAAUAAUCUAUGUUAAGUCACUCCCAGUGAUGUGAUAUAACAGUGAUUAAGGUGUCCUGCUACUGAUGAAGAGCCUUGUUUGAGCCUCGUUGUGUAUUCUUUUCUUCUUGCUGCUUUGGUGGAGAGGAUGUGGAAGAGAGAAUGGGGCACUGGGAGGCAAAGGUUGCUGGGUGUGAUACUAGUCACAUCUGUUUGUGUGCUGGAAGCCACCAGAAGGUGGAACUCCUGUAGUCUAAAAGCUGCCUUGGAUUGAGACAAACCUGAGAUUUUUUGAUUCGGUCACUUGUGAAAAAUAUAUUUUGCACAUGAUGAACUACUACUGUUUGGCUAAGUGAAAUGAGGAAGUGUUUCCCCUAAAAUUUGAAGUUACUCUUUGUGGCUAUAAACCAAAAAUGUCACUGGCUGUUUCUGUACACCUUGAUUUGGGCUUUUUCACUGUAAUUAAUUGAUAUAAAGCUGUUAGAAACAGAAAUGCUAAUUAGAAAACCUUUCAUUUGAGUUCAUUAAUCUUUCACAGGCCUACUCCCUUGUAUUAUGAAGAUUUAUCAAUGAAGAUAACUUAGAGAUUUGUGAUCAUACUAUAUUCCUUAGAUUCUUGACCGAAGAAUGAUAUGGAGAAAGUGCAGCAUAAACAACUCUGGAAUCCAGUAUUUGUAAAUACAGAUUUUCAUCUGGAUAUCUCAUUGCAGCAAAUCUUGACAUACAGUAUAUAAUUUUGCUGUUGUCUCUUUUGUCCCAAGGAAGUGUAUCCUGUCAGCUUGAGGGAAAUACCUGUUCCAUAAAAAGGCUUUCUGAAAACCACAAGGCGAAUGAAAUGCAGAGAGGUAAUCAGGUUUGCAGUCAGUUCAUAGAAAAUAAUCUGCUUGCACACACUUUUGUCUGUGAGACAGUCAGCGACUGAGCACACAGACAGGCGAUACUGGUCUUUUAUAAAAUAUGUUAUUUUACUCUGGAAUACAUGGCCAUUGGGUUAUUUUACAAAGAUGAUCAUCUUGUAGGCUCCAUUAAGCUGCCACUAAAGUAAACAGAGCUCAUGGGAGCUAAAUAUCAAAUAAUAUAUGCAUACACAUAGCAAUAUAACCCUGUAUUACACCUAAGGUAUACAGCUUUGUGAAUGGAAUGCAGUGAGUUAUGGUUAUACAAAUUGUACCUUUUUUUUAGUAAAGGGACAGUUUUCAGAUGUACCAGAUAAAACAAAAAAGAUUGUUUCACCUAAUUAAACAUCUAAUGAUGAGGAAACUGCCAGAAUGUUGCUGAACUUACUCAUUUAUCAUCUCUUCUUGUGUGUCAGCAUAAUCAAAAUAGUUGUUCCUGCAAAAUGAACUAAUGAACCCUUCUUUUCAGCACUUUGAUGUACUAGUAUUAUCUACACAAAGAAGUGCUACGCUAAGAUUUCACCGUCACACAAAGUGCACUUUUGAAAUUGCGACUAAAGCAAGUGUUUGUUUUAAUGGAGCAGUGCACCAAUUUAGGAUGAUGCCUGCAGAGGGCCUGAUUUUACUUUCACUGUAAAUCAGAGGUGGCCUUAAUGAAUGCAGUAGACUUACAGCAGGUGUAAAACCAAUAUAAGAAAGAAAUAAUGGAGGCUUCUGAGUUUGAAUGCUUUCUUUUUCUGAUAUUUUAACAUUGUUCAAAAUCCUGCAGAGUGGUGGAAAAAAAAUGUGUCCUUGCCUUAAAGAUUUUCACCUUACACAAUCCAGUAAGACCAGAGUAACUGUAGGAAGACUGCUGUAGAUCGUUGCUUUAAAGAGUCUAAGCAGUCUAACUGCUUAUGGGGUAAAAUCAGCAUACAGCUUUCAUGUCUUGCAGACAUGCAGCUGGCCAAAAUCGGCUCCAUCCAGAGCAGGCUCUGUGUUUCAAAGCACUUUCCUUCUGGAAUUGAGGACUGCUGGUGCAGUUGUUUAUCAAGUUUUCAAGGGUCCAUCAGGGUUUGCUAGCUCCUGCGCAAUGUCAGAUCCAAGCAUAUGUAGGUAGAAUUGCUUGUAUAUAGCAAUUGCAUGCCAAGUUUGAGAGCACUUAUUAGCAGCACUGAAUUCGUGGAGUUCUCUCUUUCUCUCACUAGCUGAGAAAACUGAAGAUGGUGUGGAAGCAUGAGGGUUGCUCCUGUGGGAAUGACCCUGUGUCUGACUUGGGCAGCAAUGAGACAGAGUUAGUAUUUGCUUUAGUGUCUCUGACCUUCAGUCCCCAGGGCUCUGAAUUAGGAAAGGGCUUGUUAGCAGGCAGUCGAGUGCUGGGGAGUGCAAUGCAGGAGACAUGGGUGUUCUUGCAAGCCUGCUAGCCUUGAAGUCCAGCUGUGGUAUAUGCCCACUGACUCAAUGCAGGACUAGCUCAAUAUCCCUGCAAAGGGAACUAGUGUCUUCCUCAUUACACACAUAAUCUAUUUUCCUUUUUUUCCAAUACUUCAGCAAAUGGAGAACUUUCUGUAUCAAUAAAGCAGUGUUUAACGUUAAUGUUGUUGGUUAGAUCCCACUUCUGUGACAAUGUGGUGCAGUUCAGAGUUUGAUCCUUUUAUACAGAAAAAAACCAAUGUGUUGCAGAGCAUGGUAAGUUAAUGACAUGUUAAUGCAAAGACGUAUUUUAGGUUACUUGUUCAUAGACUUGAUAAAAGUGGUCAGCAUAGCCCUGACUCAAGUGAGUACAUGAAACUUGUAGAACAGAAGACCACGUGGGGCAGCAGUAUUGCCAGGACCUUGCUACUUACUUUGCUUAUGUCCGAGUCCUAGAAGGCGCCAGUGGUCACCCCUGAGGGAGGAAGGAGGUAGGUGCUGGAAACAGCUUAUGGCUAGUAAAGGGGAGGUUAUGCCUUCCUGAAGGAAAUACUUUGCUUCCACUCUUUAUAAUCUGUACCACCCUAAGUAGUAAAAUAUGCUUUCCAGGGCUUUGCUUUUCUUCGUCCUCAUUCUGACCUUUCUCCCUUUUACACCCGCAAGUGUUCUCCUCCUCCUAUCUCACCUCCAUCCCUUUGUCCUUUGGGUGACAAUAUUCAGUUUUGCCAGAAUUACUGAAAAUCCUGAACUGGCCAUUUGGUUGAUAAGAAUCGGUGUUAGAAAGACGCCCAGCUAUUUAAGAGAGCUAUAUUCCUGCCAGUCCAGUGAUUUGGGUUUUUUGUGUGUGUGUCCAUGUUGGCUAGUUUUAAAUGCAUAGUAUUAAAGUACCUACUGAAUUAAUUCCUGUGCAAUGAACCUGUGAUUGCACAGCUAUUGAGGUAUGUAGUGGCCCUUCAUUCUCACAUCUAACAUCUAUUGGAUAAAAAAAGAGAAUUAUCCUCUUCACACUCAAAAAGGAAAACCUGUGUGUCUACCUGGUUUUCUUGAGACUUACGCUUAGUGUCUCUGACUUCUUAAGAGCUGUUCUGUGUAUUGGGCAGAUAAUUUAUUACAUGUCUGUAAUUGGAACACCAAACAUGAAAUUUUGAACACUGGAAGUAAACUUCCUUUAUUCCUAAGCUUAACAGAAUAUGUUUGUGGGGGAUACAUUAGCGGUUGUUUAGAAAAUGGAGUAAAAUAAUUAUUUCUGUAUCAGAAAUGAAAAAUCAUCCACUAAGCAUUUUCAUUAUAUUUUAAAGCAAACUUGUCAUCAUUAUAAUAUCUCAAUAGUGUAGGUGAAAUUCAGACCUGGUGAAAGGGAGAAAAUUCUAUUUAAGAGAACUCACACUAGACCUGAACUCAGCUCUUUGCUUCUCAGCUUUUAGCAACCAGAAGUUCUUAAGAAUGUGAGUUCCCAAUCUUCUAUAUCCCCGUUUAGUAGAAUGGGUUAUAGAUAACUACCACUGUAUCUGGAGAGGAGGGGAGCUUAAUUUUGAGAAAUCAUUGACCUUCCAGUGACAGUCUGUCAUUGCUGCUUGCCCUGAACUGUUCUGUCCAUGCUGUGUUUGGGUCUCUUGAGACCAGUGGCCUUGGCAGGGGUUGGGUAUGUAUGAGCUUGUGAAGUCCCAUCGUAGUCACUCAGGAUCUAUGUAGAGGAUCAGGAAGGACUGGAGACAAAAAAAAUCGUAACUUUUUUAAUAUGUAUAAAAUUGUCUACUUGACCCUCAUAAUUGAUUUUGGCGGAAGGAUAUACUUUAUUAUAACUUAUUUUGUUGUUAUUUGUAAAUACAAGAUGUCUAUGGGAAAUAUGUAAUUCUGAGCUGUGUCUAUGGAACAAGCCACUGCACCAAAAUAUUUCAAAUAUUUAGAAUAGGCAGAUUUUUUUAUUAAAAGGGACCUAAUAUGUAUUUAUUUACAUAUACCAUUCAAAUUUUGUCCAGCUCUUUCAUUAUACUAACCCAGCUUUUUAGAGAAUUUUAUAGCAGAGGUAUUACAUAUAUAUUUUUGUAUAUAUGUCAUACUGUAAAUCCAUAAUACAAUUUUCUAAACUUUCUGAUUAGCCAGUUCCUUGAGUGAAUUAAAGGGGGAGAGUAUAGGCAAAUUGCUUUCUGACUCGUUCAGGAAUAUGUAUCCCUGGCAAUGCACCUGAACCAGAACUGUACAGCAUCCUUUUCAUAUUGUAUACAUUUUCUCUUUGAUGAAAAAUUGUUAACUAUUUUUGUUUAUGACUAAUUUAUUUUUUAUUAUUGUGAAAAAUAAAGUAAUUCAA